AUGUGGGAAAAGAUGGAAAUCGCCCAGCCUUUACAAGAGGCUAUAGCGCGUACACCAUCUUAUGAGAAAUUUCUUAAAGACACACUGAUUAAGAAGGAGAAAUUAGAAGAGGAACCAGUAAUCCUGACAACAGAAUGCGGUGUUGUACUGCAACAAAGCCUACCAGCCAAGAUGGUAGAUCCAGGAAGUUUCUCUAUCCCCUGUCUAUUGGGCAUCGUCUUUAUUCCUAGUGCACUAUGCGACUUAGGAACGAGUGUGAGUCUAUUACCAAAGACCACUUAUGAUAAGCUGAACGUGGGUGAACUGAAGCCCACUAAGAUAAUUCUGCAAGUGGCAGACAAGUCAGUAAAGGACUUUAGAGGACUCAUCUUAGGACGUCUGUUCCUCAACACUUUCGACGCCGUAAUUCAUGUCCGGAAAAGAUGCAUAGAGUUGCAUAUAGGAGAUGAGGAUAUUGAAUUCAAGCUGGAACCAAAACCAGAACGGGGUAAAGAAGAAGAUGUGCAUUCUUUGGCUAUUCCGGUGCCUGGUUCACUGGAAAAACAGAUUCCACAAAUGAAGGAUAAGGGCAAAGGAAUUGCUACAUCCUGA